GGUUUCCCCACGGCGGAGGGGAGCACAGCCGCCCCCAGCGCGCCUGCAUGGCUCCUCUCCCCCGGAGCGCCCCUGGAAAAUAAAAUCCGCCUCAGGCCAGGUGACGUCCCCCCGCCUCCGCGCUCACACACACGGGGAGCGGCAGAGGCGGGGGAGCGCCCGCCUGCGAGAACAUGGAGGGACCCUCGGGCCCGGCGGAGGAAGGGGAGCUGCCGCUCCUCACCGUCAAGCAUGAACUGAGGAACGCAAAUUUGACAGGCCAUGCAGAGAAGGUUGGCAUUGAAAACUUUGAACUCCUGAAAGUUCUUGGAACAGGGGCCUAUGGAAAAGUGUUCCUAGUAAGGAAAGUAAGCGGCCAUGAUGCUGGAAAGCUGUAUGCCAUGAAAGUACUGAAGAAAGCAACAAUAGUUCAAAAAGCCAAAACAACUGAGCACACAAGGACAGAACGACAAGUGUUGGAGCACAUUAGGCAAUCACCGUUUUUGGUCACGUUACAUUAUGCCUUCCAGACAGAUACAAAGCUUCAUCUCAUUUUAGACUAUAUAAAUGGAGGAGAAUUGUUUACUCACCUUUCACACAGAGAGAGAUUCUCAGAAAAUGAGGUGCAAAUUUACAUAGGGGAAAUCGUUUUGGCACUUGAACAUCUCCACAAGUUGGGGAUUAUAUAUCGGGAUAUAAAACUUGAGAAUAUUCUCCUCGAUUCUGAUGGCCACGUGGUGCUGACAGACUUUGGUCUGAGUAAGGAGUUUCUUACUGAUGAGAAUGAGAGAGCAUAUUCCUUCUGUGGAACAAUAGAAUACAUGGCUCCAGAUAUUGUAAGAGGAGGAGAUACAGGACAUGAUAAGGCUGUUGAUUGGUGGAGUGUUGGUGUUCUUAUGUAUGAAUUAUUAACUGGAGCAUCACCAUUUACAGUUGAUGGAGAGAAGAAUUCACAAGCAGAGAUUUCUAGGAGAAUAUUAAAAAGUGAGCCACCUUAUCCACAAGAAAUGAGUGCACUGUCUAAGGAUAUAAUUCAGCGUCUUUUGAUGAAAGACCCCAAGAAGAGGCUAGGUUGUGGUCCCACUGAUGCUGAUGAAAUCAAACAGCAUCCCUUUUUCCAGAAUAUGAAUUGGGAUGAUUUAGCUGCCAAAAAAGUAUCAGCUCCAUUUAAACCGGUAAUCAGAGAUGAGUUGGAUGUCAGUAAUUUUGCAGAAGAGUUUACAGAAAUGGAUCCAACAUACUCUCCUGCAGCAACCCCUCAGACUUCAGAAAGAAUAUUUCAGGGAUAUUCUUUCGUUGCACCUUCUAUUUUGUUUAAACGCAAUGCAGCUACAGUAGAUCCUCUUCAGUUUUAUAUGGGGGAUGAGCGGCCUGGAACUACAACUAUUGCCAGAAGUGCUAUGAUGAAGGACUCUCCAUUUUAUCAUCAUUAUGAACUGGAUCUGAAAGAGAAACCAUUGGGAGAAGGAAGUUUUUCCAUUUGUCGAAAGUGCUUACACAAGAAAACUAGCCAAGAGUAUGCAGUAAAAAUAAUUAGCAAAAGAAUGGAAGCCAACACCCAGAGAGAAAUAACAGCUCUGAAACUCUGCGAAGGACACCCAAAUGUAGUGAAGUUACAUGAAGUUUAUCAUGACCAGCUUCACACGUUUCUAGUAAUGGAAUUGCUGAAGGGAGGAGAAUUGCUUGAACGUAUUCAGAAAAAGAAACAUUUCAGUGAGACUGAAGCCAGUCAUAUUAUGCGCAGACUUGUUUCAGCGGUGAGCCAUAUGCACGAUGUAGGAGUAGUCCAUAGAGAUCUGAAACCUGAGAAUUUAUUGUUUACAGAUGAAACUGAUAAUUCAGAAAUAAAAAUAAUUGAUUUUGGCUUUGCUCGUUUAAAACCACCUGAUAAUCAGCCUCUUAAGACUCCAUGUUUUACUCUUCAUUACGCUGCCCCAGAGCUCUUGAAUCACAAUGGUUAUGACGAAUCUUGUGAUCUGUGGAGUUUGGGAGUCAUUUUGUAUACAAUGCUAUCAGGACAGGUACCAUUUCAGUCUCAAGACAAAAGCUUAACAUGUACCAGUGCAUUGGAAAUUAUGAAGAAAAUAAAAAAGGGAGAAUUUUCCUUUGAAGGAGAAGCUUGGAAAAAUGUUUCUGAAGAGGCUAAAGAGUUAAUUCAAGGACUUCUAACAGUGGAUCCAAACAAAAGAAUUAAAAUGUCCAGCCUGAGAUACAACGAAUGGCUUCAGGAUGGCAGCCAGCUGUCAUCCAACCCUCUAAUGACUCCUGAUAACUUAGGCUCUUCAGGAGCUGCGGUGCAUACAUAUGUCAAAGCCACUUUUCAUGCCUUUAACAAGUACAAAAGGGAAGGAUUUUGUCUCCAGAAUGUUGACAAGGCACCUCUUGCAAAGAGAAGGAAAAUGAAAAAAACAAGUACAAGCACAGAGACACGUAGCAGCUCCAGUGAAAGUUCACAUUCUUCUUCCUCUCAUUCUCAUGGUAAAACUACACCUACAAAGACACUGCAGCCAACAAACCCUACAGACAGCAAUAACCCAGAAACCAUCUUCCAGUUCUCUGACUGAAAAGCAGAGAAUGUCCUGUCUUGAAGAUUUAAGUGGUUAUAAACUUGGUAGUACCUAUAUUGUCUUCUCCCACCCUUCCUCCCUGUGGCUUACAAGCUACAGGAAUAUGUCUGUCGCGUUAAAAAUGUAUCUCGAUCACACCUUUUUAGCUUUGUAUUUCAAUACAUUUCUUUUUAGCAUUAAGUUUGGUAUCACUGGAUAUGGUAUAAUACUAUUAUACAACCAACAUUGUAUUCUCUUAGGGCUGAAUUAGUAGUGUGCAGUCAAGCUCAAGGUAAGGAGCUAUGCUGCUCGUGGUACAGGUAGGAGGAAGACUGUUUCUCAGUGUCAGAAUCUUCCUCCCAGUUUCUUCCCCACUGUUCAAAGAAAGGAAAGCUCUGUAACACGUAUAGAACUCUUGGAUAUUCUGCUUUUACCCAGCUCUGUGAAGAAUGUCAUAGAAUUUGAUUCUUCAUGCAUGUAAGGAAUCAUUGGUACAAUGCACCAAAGCAGUAUAGUACUUUAAGGCCUUUUAAAUUUGUGGUUACAUUCUAUCCCAUUUAUUUGAAUUUUAAGAGCAGAAUGAAGCAUUAUGGAACUCUUAUGUUGUUUUAAAAAGUAACUCCAUAUAUCUUGUUCUAAACAACUGGGAAUAUAAGUCUUAGGGGGUUUUUUAUUUAUUUAAUUUUUUUUUUUUAAAAAUCUAGGUAAAAGAUGUCUGAUAGGGCGAGGUGUCUAGUACUGUGAUACAAUAAUUUUUAUUUCUACUUUUUGAAGUUAAUACUUUUAAAAUGUUUUACAGAUUCUAAAAUGUAAUGCUAUAAGAGAAAGUGAAAUUUCGUAUUGAAUGCUUUGGAAAUGGUCACAUGUUAAAAUAUUUCAAGAAUUAAAUAUAAUUUAUAUUUUCUUUUUAUAUUUACACAAUAACUUUAAAAUACUAAGAUUUUUUUAAAGAUGCAAAAACUCCAGUUUCAACAUUUGUCAUUAUAGGGUCCAUACAAAAUGUAUACGAAGUUAUUUGAAUUUUGCAUUGUGCAAAUAUGGCAGUUUAAUAGUGAUUGUAAAAUAUUAGAGUAUAUGUUUUCUUUUUUGCACUUUAUAACAUCAGAAGGAGAUGUUUUAUAAUAAAGUGCACUCAGAUCUCUCUUCCUACAAGGUGCUGAGCACUGUUUUACUGGGUUGAAUGACCUGAAGUCCACCAUAUUUGGUGGUUGUGGUCAUUGUGAAGGAGAAUUCUGUACUUUGCAGGAGUGAAUCCCUGUAUAUUACCCACUGUUUUCAUUCCUUACUUAAACUGCAAGGCUCUUUCUAUCUUGCUUUUACAUUGUAUAUAACAAAUACUAGACCUGGGCACCUUGUGUAGUGUAGAUGUUAACAACUUAUGCACUGGGAAUACUAAAGGGAAAUUAUAUUGAACACUGUGCUUCACAACUUGUUCACUGUGGUGUUCUACAGUGAAGUCUUUCCUACUGUGAUAGUAUAGUAUGUACAUAACUGUUUGGAAUCAUAAAUGUGACUUACAGAAACAUCAGCAUAAACUUUUAAAUCAGUGUAUUUUAUAAAUUUAUGGAGAGCUCUUUUAUUGCUCAUAUUCUCAAUGACUAGGGGUAACUUAAGUGCAAAAGAUGACUCCAGUUUUGCAAAUGCUUACAUGUGUAAGUUUCCACUGAAGUCAGAGAGACUCCUUGUGUAAAGUUAAUCAUAUGCCUAAAUUUGUGUGAGGGAAGACUAAUUGACUAGGGGAUUUUGUUAACAGCUUGCUCUAUCUUAAAGUAACCUUAAUCCAAACCCUAUGCAAAAAAGGCUAUAGGAAUUGUUUAUAUCAGUGGUUUUAUUUAUAGAAUUAUAUCAGAUAUCAGUAUUGACAAAUACAAUACAUCCAUGUUUACAGGGAUUGUGUGUAUCAAAACAAGGCUUUGAAGCCCAACAUGUUUGUUCUGUGUUUCUUUAAUAUUAAUAAUGGCAUUCUGAGGUUUUGGAAUUGCUCAUGUGAAACAGUUUACUACUUUCUUGAUGUGAAUGUCAACAGUAAUUGCAGCAUUAAUUUCAGGUUGAUGUGAAUAUUGAGAUUUGCACUGUUUAUGUAGAAGUAGUAUAUUUAAAAAUCAGUAUAUGUGCUAAUAACACAACCAAUUUUAAGUGGCCGAUGUUAAAAUAUUGAAAAAUAAUUGUCAAUGUAAUAUAUUCAGGUUUGCUUUCUGAAUGCUCUCUUUGGAAGUAAUCUCAAUAGUGAACAUGGCUCAUUUGUAAAAGAAUACUUUCCCUCUCCCCAAUAAACUUGCUGUAAAUACAACAAACACUCCACCAUUAAUACUUGUUGUGCAGACAGUACAAGUGAAUUGGGAGGUUGGAGAACAGGUUGCUUGUAAAGUUUGCACUUUGAGGAGUUCUUGGAAUUUAUUGUCUUCAGGGUGAGGACAACAAAAAGCAAUUUUCGGUUUGAUUUCAUUUAAGUGUAAGAAACUUUUGGAUACCAGGUGGAUUUGGAAUAUUGUGACCCAGCUGAAAUAACUUCUUAAGGUUAGGAACACAGUACAGUUGGUUCCCUGUUGGGAAGUUUAAACUGUUGCUUGACAAACUGAUGAAACAAGAAGAAGAAUGCUUGCACAGGAUACUAAAUGCUAGAGAUAAUUGCUGUAUGGUCAGAGUUGUUUUCACACAGGUUUUGAGAGACUGUUGUGAGACUAAAAUUAUUAGAAUACAUCACUUGUAUCAAAGACAACUUUUAUAGGUGAAUAUUUCUGUGUUCUCUUUGUGCUCUAACAGUAGUUAUUAAAUAAAAAUUUAGGAACAGGGUAAUUCUUUUUGGCAGGGGUAAGUACAUUUAGGUGUCACCUUGCAUUUGCUUUGAACCAGUUACCUGGGGUAGGUGAAAUGUUUAUUCCCUCUGACUUUCUGCUGCCUCCAGGUAACAGAGCUCUUGAGGAGGUGUGUUUGACACUAAGCUGUCUGAAUUUUUAGGUUAGCAUCUUUACAUAAACUGCUGAUCUUCAUUUACAUUGGUAAAACUGAGUUGCAAACUAGGCAUCUCAAGAGCAGGUUCACUUCUUGUUCAGGUAUCCCUGCAGGAGACUAGUUACUCUUGGCAGAACAAUGUUGUCUCAGCUUAAUCUGUUGCCUAGCCUGGCACUCUAGGUCAUAUAAAGACCAUGGGCCAAAUUUGUCAUACUCAUACCACUAUUUCAAAUCUGAAGUGUACAAGCCAAUCUUCAUUAGUACUAUAAAUACUUUAUAUUGCCUUGGUAAAGAGGUGUUAGACUGUAAAUUAUGUUUAUACUCAGAUUAAGUUUCCUUCACAGUGCUGCUAUGCAUCAAACAACUUUUAAUGUCUAGUAAGGAUAUCUCUCUACUGUCGGAAAUGUAAUGCAGUCAGCAAUAUUGUGGGCAAAUUUGUUUGAAAAAUCAAUUUUCUUAUCAGUAAAGAUUUAAAUAACUAGUGUGGUUAUUAAUAUAAUCUUUAAAGUACUCUAUUCUGUAAAGCUAUUUCUUUGUAAUACUUUUAGAAACACAAAUAUUAGUAAUUAAGAGGCAAUUCUGCUAAAGGAUUUAGAGGAGUACAAAGGAAGUAACAUGACUUACUGUUCCUCUGGCGUAGUGAAAUUUCUACACGUUUAUAUAAGGAAAAGCAGCUGAAAUAUUUAUUGUUUCUUAAUAGAAGGGUCAGUGCGUUUGGCAUAUGUAUUGUUUACUGCUGAAAAAAACUUUAAUAAAAUGCUUUAUUAAACAGUUUUGGGAGGGUAACACAAAAAUACAGUAUUGCAUCUGAAUGGAUUGAGGCUUCAAGUUGACAUUGCUGAUGUACGUAUUUUCUCAGCCCUUUUCCCUGGCUACUUUUCUGAACAAGAUAACAAUACCUGCACAGCCAUGUUCCCUGGCACUCAUCCAGGAACAGAAUAAUUCUUGGCAGAAAAUAUUCACGGAAUGAUGAUGUAUGUUUAUUGGUUGUGAUGAAGUGUUGCACAAGUGUCUUACAUUUUUAAUAUAUGCAUGUAUUAUGUGCAUGUAUGUGGGUACAUGCUGUAUUGCACGUCUAGGCCUCAAUUUAAAGUAAUACGCCUUGUUUAAGAGAACCUGUACUUAAAAAUGAGUUCUCGACUCACACAGAUUCAGAGGACCAGACAAGGGGGCUACCACAGGAGAGGAAGAAGGUUAUGGGAAGUCAGAGGUGAGAAGCUUCUGGGAAGAUGUUUAUAGGGGUAAAUUUCUCCUCUUGCUAUAUCCAUGUGUGUGUAAUAUUCACUGACACUGAAUUGCAAGCUUUCUUGGCAGUUACCCUGCAUAAACACAUUUCCUAACUCUGCAGGUCUGUGAGUACGUGCAUGUGUGUCUACACACACGUGUGUAUCUUUAUAUGACAUUUUGGUCUUCAGUUGGAAUUUUUUGUUCUUUUUCAAGUAUCAUUCCAGGUGUUUUUACCAAGUUGGUGGUCUUCAUUCUUUUCCCCCACAUAUGACAGUCUUUCUCAGCACUGAUUUUUACAUUGCAAAACAUGACAUUGCCUUCCUUCAGUCGAGAUAGUUGACUGAAUAUUCUGGAUUGAGAGAACAGGAAAUAAUGUGGCUGUUUGCUGUAAAGAGAUAGAAGUGCUUUGAUCUUUGUAUACCUGUGAGAAACAUUUCUCAGUUUGCUCCUUUGACCCACAGGGCACUGGAUUCUAUAAAAAACAAGAAAUGCAGAGCUGUUGGCUAGCUCUUGCGUGCCAUCCCGCAUUUUUAUAUAUCACUUGUUCAAUAGAUUCUGGAUGUUCAGAACACCUAUGUAGAAAAGAAAACUUAUGAUGAUUCCUGUAGUCUGCACUAGUAAAUAAAGUGAUGCUU